UUGGUUUGUUGGAAUACUAAAAAAUAAAAUAAAAGAGUUUAAAGAGAUAUUUCAUAGCGAAAAUAACUUAAAUACCAAUUAUCUUGUACUUAUUUAACCUAAUUAACCGAUAAUGUGCUGUAUAAUUAGACUUUUCAUUAACUAACUUUGUUAUUUUCCGAGUUGAACUCAUUCUGUUGAUGUCCUAAAUGCGAUGGAAAGGCGUAAGGCAAGCCCCGAGCAGUUGAACAUGCUCCUGCAUUUCUUAGACGAGGAUAAAGAGUUAGCGAUAGGUAAAUUCACAGGCUUGGAAGGUAGAGUUCGACAAACGAAUGCUUGGAUUAAAAUUACCGAAAAACUAAAUGCUAACUCUGGUUUUGGAUCUGGUGCUAUAAAGACUCCUGAUAAAUGGCAACAGACAUGGCGUGAUUGGAAAUCUAAUGUGAAAAAGAAAGCAUUUAAAAUACGCAAAAAUCGCUUUACUCCCGGUUGCAAUGCAAGUACUCAGUUAACAGAUUCGGAAGAGAAGAUUCUUAGACUUAUUUGCACAAAUACUUCAGCAUUUGGACUACCAGGAGUGCCUGAAACAUCGGCUCUCUCGUCAAAUCAUAUGGUUCCAUCUCAGAGUAAUGUAUCAAAUGAGAUAUGCAGUUCAGAUCCGUCUACCAGCAGUAUGAAAUGGCCAUCAGAUCCACAACAUUUUACACAAGCAGACAUUGACAUGAGUUUAGACGAUGGAGUUGGGGGUGACAUGGACCAAGCGAUGGGUUCCAAUGAGGUGUCCUCUGCUCCUGUUACUGGGAAGCCUUUGUGGAAAAGGGGAAGACCAGUCAGACUGGUACAUGACAGACUUUUAAACUUGGAAGAAGAGAGGAUAAGAAUUGAGAAGCAAAAACUUUUAGAAAAGAAGAGAUGCAAUAACAUAAGACUCAAAAUAGAGAAGGAUAGACUUGAAAUUGAGCGGCAAAGGAAUAUGCUAUUAGAAAAACUACUAGUUGCUGUAGAAGCUGUAGCACAUAGAUGACUUCCAUUAUUUUAUUGAUAGGUACUAGAUUAUUCGUUUUAUACAGUAUUAUAAGUAUACCAUUUAGUUUGAUUAAAAUUGUGAUAUUAA